AUGUCUACUCUCGAGCAGCAGAGGUGGAUUAAUGUCCAGCAAAAGACUUUUACAAAAUGGCUGAACACAAAGCUUAUAUCGAGAGACCUCGAGGUCAAGGAUCUUGUAAAGGAUUUCAGCGACGGUGUCAUGCUCAUCCAUCUCCUGGAAUCACUAUCGAACGAGUCUCUCGGCCGCUAUGCGUCGAAACCAAAGCUACGCGUGCAAAAGUUUGAGAAUGCCAACCUAGCUCUCGACUUUAUUAAGUGCAGGGGGAUCCAAAUGACAAAUAUUGGCGCCGAGGAUAUCGUCGAUGGCAACCGAAAAAUUGUCCUCGGCCUCAUCUGGACUCUGAUCCUUCGAUUUACCAUCAGCGACAUCAAUGAGGAGGGCAUGUCUGCCAAGGAAGGCUUGUUGUUAUGGUGCCAACGAAAGACUGCCUGCUAUGACGAGGUUGAAGUACGGGACUUCAGCGCAAGCUGGAACGACGGGCUGGCUUUUUGCGCGCUCCUCGAUAUCCACCGGCCAGACCUGAUCGACUUUGACUCGCUAGACAAGCAUGACCACCGCGGAAAUAUGCAGCUCGCCUUCGAUAUUGCCCACGAAGAGAUCGGCAUCCCACGACUUUUGGAUGUAGAGGAUGUGUGUGAUGUGCCCAAGCCUGACGAGCGCAGUUUGAUGACGUACAUUGCCUAUUGGUUCCAUGCCUUUUCGCAAAUGGAAAAGGUCGAGAAUGCCGGCAGACGAGUCGAGAAGUUUGUCAACAACAUGCAGGGUGCCUGGGAGAUGCAGAGUGCCUACGAGGAGCGGAUGAAGGCGCUCCUUGCGGCUGUGCGCGCCCAAGUAAAGGAAUGGCAACUGGCCGAGUUUGAGGGGACGUACGCUGAUGCAAAGGCGCAAGCCAAGGACUUUGCUGCGUAUAAACGGGGGCAAAAGAGGGACUGGGUUGCCGAAAAGAGUGACCUCGCGACCCUUCUCGGGAAUAUCAAGACAAAACUCGGCACUUACCGACUCCGGCCGUACGACCCUCCUGCAGAGUUGAGCUUGGAUGCGCUGGAGCGAGAUUGGGGCACAUUGACAAAGGCGGAAAUGACGAGAGCACAGCUGAUCAACGAGACCAUUCGCGACAUCAAAAACGCCCUCCGAAAGUCAUUUGCAGAUAAAGCUAAUGACUUUGCAAUGGCUCUAAACACAAUGCAGGUAGCCAUCUCUGGUCUGGACGGAGACGUCGAGGACCAAUGGCACCACGUCAAGAAGCUGAGCGACAACUUGGCGCCUCUGGAUCGCUAUUUGGAAACAAUAGAGGCUGUCGACGCCAAGUGCCACGAGGCCAAUAUCGAGGAAAAUGACUUCACAACAUAUACGUAUGAUGAAUUAGCGUACGAGCUGGGACUCGUCAAGUCAUCGGUACAAAAGAAGCUGGCAUUCUUGGAGAAUCAAAUGGUGGCCCGGAACAUGACCAACCUGACGCCUAUCCAGCUGGAGGAGUUUGAAAGCGUUUUCCGUCAUUUCGAUAGAGACGACUCAAAUUCUCUUCAUGAGAUUGAGUUUGGCGCUGCCCUCGCGUCGCUUGGACUAGUAUUUUCCGAGGAGGAGAUGCAUGACUACUUCCUGGAGACGUCUGGUGGGCGGGAUGAAGCAACGUUUGAACAGUUUAUUCGAUUCAUGGUGGAUGUCACAGAGGAUCAAAACACUGCAGAGCAGGUGUUUCAGUCUUUCCGCGAAGUUGCCGAUGGCAAACCGUACGUCACGGAAAUGGACUUGCGGCACAGCCUGGUCCCCGACGAGGUCAUUGACAAACUGGUCGAGAUCAUGCCCAGCCACAAGGGGCCGGACAUGUCUCAGGAUCGCGGACAGCCCCAGUAUGAUUACAUUUCAUUCAUGGAGAAGAUGAUCGACGUGGAGGAGACGCAUGACGAUGUGCCCAGCGGAGUUCUGCAGGACCGUACUAACCUGGGCGACUCAAGUCCGCGGAAGGGUCCCAAAGCAAAUGGUUUUUUUGGGUGA